CUCAAUUGAAACACGCUCAGUAUGUAAAUUGAGUUUCAGGAAAAGACAUAAAAAUCAUUAAAAAACACUUAAUUAAUCAUUGACAAAGCCAUCAUGCAUGUGCUUUGAUUCAAUUCUUCGUUGAUUUGGCUGCUAGUUUGUGGUAUUAGGGAAUCUAGGGUUCUGGUUAGGGAUCACGUAGGAAGAAGCAUGGUCGGAUUAGCGGAAAUGGGAAUUUUACAAAGCAAGAGUGAGCGGUCUCAUAGGGGGAGUCUGCUAGAUUAUUUCCAAGCUGGUUACUGAAGGAUUGAAGAGUCACUUGAAAACUGGUGGAUGAGCUCCAAUUGACUUUUCUUAAAGGGAGACAGAUUCUGGAUGCAGUAUUGUUGGCUAAUGAACUAGUUGAUUCUAGAGCUAAAUCAAAGAAACCAGGGAUUUUAUGCAAGUUGGAUAUUGAAAAGGCUUAUGAUCAUGUUCAUUGGGAGUACAUCUGUUAAAAGUCCUUAGACAUAUGGGCUUUGGAAUAAAUGGGUCAACUGGAUUAAAUUUUGCAUUUCUUAUGUGAAAUUCUCCAUUUUGAUCAAUGGUUGUCCCGAAGGUUUUUUUGAAAUCACAUAGAGAACUCAGGCAGGGAGACCCAAUGUCACCUUUCUUAUUCUUGUUAUGUAUGGAAAGUCUUAAUCAUAUGAUUAAAACAGCAAAGGCAAAUGGAUGGAUCAGGGGUUUUGGUUAACAAAUCAAUGAUAUGGGAGGCAUAGAAAUAUCUCACCUCUUAUAGGCUGAUGAUUCUCUUGUAUUUUGUGAAGCCGAAGUGGAUCAAAUCAGACAUCUUAGAGCAAUUCUAACUAUCUUUGAAGCAUUAUCAGGCCUCCCUGUUAGCUGUAGCAAGAAUUGCAGUUACCCAGUCAAUUAUGUUCAAAAUGUGCAGAUUUUGGCUUCCAACCUAGGGUGUUAAGUGGGUACCCUUCCUACAAAGUACCUGGGGUGCCUCUGGUAGUAGCUCAAAGCAACUCAAAUGAUAAAUGGAAUAGUGUAAUCGAGAGAGGUGAUUAAAAAACUAGCUGGGUGGAAAACUCAAUACUUAUCUCUCGGUGGAAGAGUGAUUCUCAUAAACUGUGUUGGAUGCUUUACCCACCUAUAUGAUGAUGAUUGUCUUUCAAAUGGUAGAAAAAGAUCGAAAGGUUGAGAAGAGAUUUCCUUUGGCAAGGAAACAGGGAUAAAAAAGGUGGCAAUCUGGUGAAAUGGCAAGCAGUGACUGUUAACAAGAAACAGGGUGGUUUGGGCAUAGAGAAGCUGAGUCUUGAUAACAGAAGCCUUCUUCAGAAAUGGCUUUGGAGAUUCAACACAAAUGAUAGAGCUCUCUGGAAAACACUCAUUGCACAGAAGUAUGGGAUGAUGAAUUGCUGGAUUGCUCGAGAGGUGGACAGUCCCUAUGUGUCUGGAAAGCUGUUAGAAAUCAGUGAUAGGACUUUUGGGGUAAGAUGGAGAUCUCUGUUGGUGAUGGUAGAAAGACUGCUUUCUGGGAAGAUCUUUGGAUUGGACAGAACAGCUUAAAGGCCACUUAUCCUGUUUUCUAUUCAAUAUAUCUCCAAAGAAAUGCUAGCAUUAGUCAAAUGUGGAAUCAUCAAUGGAGGAAUUUUAAUUUCAGAAGAGCACUUAAUGACUGGGAAAUUCAGAUUGUUGCUGCAAUGCUACAGUUGCUGGGAGCUUUCUGUGGGAUAAUUGACCAAGUAGACAGCCUGAGAUUGAAGAGGAAUAGCAAGGGCAUCUUUUCCAUUAAAUCUGUUUAUUGGCUCAUGAACUAGAUAAGCUCAAUUAAAGCAGAUUGGCCUUGGAAGGAAAUUUGGAGAAUAAAAAUUCCUGAAGGUUUUGUGUUUCGUAUGGCUGGUAAUAAGGAAAGGACACAAGACAAGUUACAAAGACUUCAUACACGGAGAAAGAAAGCAGACUACUAAAUCAACUAUUUCAACAUAUUGUCUGCGCUGGUCUCAUAGCCAUCUCUUUUGACAUAACCUUUCGGCGUCUUCCUUUAUGCUUCCUCAAAUAUGAAGAGGUCUUCGGAUUUUCUCAAAAUGUCUUUUAUGUGGACAGGAUGGUGAAAACAAUGAGCAUCUCUUUUUUACACUGCAAGAAACUUGGGGAUGAUAUUUGCAGAUAUGGCCUAUGCAUCAGACAAUGUGAACGAAAAGUCGAGUCACUUAAUAUGAAGCAAUCAAAUAUUGAACUUGAGAUGUCCAACUUGGGAGACAUGGUUGUGGCGAAGAUUGAAGGAAAGGCGGACAGUGCAGCUGCUGUUAUUCACAAACUGCUCAGAGCAUCACAAUCUGAACAACUGUAUCUCAAAUAUGCGCACGGCAUACUUGGCGUGGUUGCACUUCUAGGAGAGGUUCGGACCCAUAAGCUUAGCAGCAUGCUUUCAACAUGUCUUGGAGAAGAUCAGAUGCUUGUUGUGGUAUGCAAAUCCCAUGCAGCUGCCAGAGCUCUUGAAAAUUAUCAAAUGGAUGGAACUGUGAAUUGUGUCAGUGCUCUUGACAUAUUAGCAGCUAAGUUUGGAACUUCCAUCCAGGGUCGCUGUUCAAUUAUAUGCCUCGAGGAUAUAAGGCCAUAUAUGCGAGGAGUUGGAAGACAUCCCCAAAUAGAACUAGCUUUUCCACCCCCUAGUUUAUCAAACGGAAAAACUCCGCCAGGCUUUUUGGGUUUUGCGGUUAAUAUGAUAUUCCCUCCUGCUGAACAUUUCCAGAUUAGAACUGCUUCAGGUCAUGAUCUCCGGGAGACAUCAUUUUAUCGUCUGCUCGGUAAGCUUCAGGUCUACCAGUCUAGAGAGUACCUUUACAUGGCACGUUCCUGCAUAGAAGAUGGUGCUGUUUCCUUGGAUGGUGGAAUGAUAAGAGGAAAUGGAGUUGUAUCUAUUGGAUGUGAGGAACCAUACAUUCUAUUUCCAGUCAACUGUCUGGAAAGACGGUUGCCCCUCUCACCUGAGAACGUGGAAAGAUUGAAGAGAAUGGAAGACUUGAAGCUGGAACUGAAAAAGCUGGAACUGAAACAAACACAAGAUGAGAUACAGGAAGAGGUUAGGACUAUGGAAAAGUUCAAGAAGAAGUUGGUCAAAAAGCUCCAGUAUAAAAGGCAGAUAGAUGAUCAGUUGGUACCUUCUCCUGGAAUGGACAACUCUGACAUGGAUAUUGGUAGAGCUAGUGGUUGAUGCUGGUUUGAUUUCUCCUGAGGCUUGUACAUGUAAUUACCUAAAACAAAGCCUCUGUUUAUUUAUGCUAGAGAUUUAGCUUUUUCGGUGCAUAUUUUGUGAAAAACAGUGUUUACAUUGUACAAAGUAGAACCUCCAGCCGUCCAAGAAAAUGAAACAUCUCAUCACAGGAAUCAUUUAUUGAUCUUUGUUUGGAAAGGAAUUACAAGUUAAGCUGCUG